AUGUUGCAUUACACUCCUGUUACUGAUAGAAUUGUUAACGAGCCGUCAGAUGUCCUCCCCAUGUCGAACUCGCAUUCGACCAACGAUGAUGCCGCUCCCGCUGCUUCGGUGAGCCCUGCUCGGGUUGCUGGUCAAGAUGCUUCCACCACCACUUCCUCGGCCCAGUCCCAUCAACUCCCGUCCGCCGCAUCUCCCUACUGUUCCGAGUCCCCUCCACUCCACGUCAUCCCCCCGGUCGACCCCCCAGAAGGCCAGGAACAUCACAUCAUCGUCUCUGAGCCGUCCGUGUCCCCGGGUCCUCCAACACCACCAGACGAACAUCAGCCCGGACAUGCUGCUCCUCCCGCUGCUGCUGCCGUCCCCACUCCCACCACCCUGGUCACAGAUACCACAGAUCAUACCGUUGCACAUGCCGCACAAGCUGCUGCAGACCAGAUUAAAUACCACCGCGGCCCUGCUGCCUAUCUCCAGAGACACCCCUCCGGUCCUGGCGCUUCCUUGCUGACCCAGGCUUUUGCUACAGCUCGUGGCACAAAUAAUAACAACCCCCUACAAAAACAACCAGGUGAUAACACUCCGUCUCAACCUCAACCUCAAGUCGUCUCGUCUCAUCCUCUGUCCGCCGUUCCGUCUGAAAGUCAUACCAGACAGCAGCACGAUAACGACCGUCGACCACAAGGCCACCGUUAUGAAGAGCAGCCCUCCUUCCAAGACGAAGAAGACGACGCCUUGACCCCGAGAGCCGGCUCCCCUCGCAACUCCAACAACUUUCACAAGACACACACCAUGUCGUCCAUGACUGCUACCAUCACGUCCACCGCCACCAUGACGGGCCCUCCGUUGGGUGGCGUCAUCGAGCUCGAUCUGCGUCAGGUCAACUCCAUGCUCAAGGGACACCGCGAAUACCUUACAAAGAACAAGGGCCGAGGAAUGUCUCUAGAACGGACCGAUUCCACAGAUGCUGAUAGUAGCCAUCCUGUCGUCUCCACCAAGAUUUCGGAAUCCCCUACCGCUCUGAACAACAAUGAUGGAGCCGCUGACAACGGUGACAAUGCUAUUCCCAGGCUGCGCAAGGAUCAACGAGCACAGACGGUUCCCGAAAAGGCAUGGUCCAUUGGCGUGGGAGAGCUGACCGAUGACCAGGACGGCAUGGUUGAAAAGUCCAUUACCGAGGUCCUGGCCGGUGUCGAGCCCAAUGCCCGCAGCCGCAAGGCCAGCCACAGUUUGCGCUUCUUCAAGGAGGGUCUGCCUGACGAAAAGUCCAAGAAGAAGGAUACCAAGCGAGAGAGGCUCCCUUCGACCGCCGAGACGGCUGAGGAUACCGAGACAGAGGGUGAAGGAAAGUCACGGACUACUACUGUGCCUGCAUCUACAUCAGAGGACACACAGUUACCCGAAACUGACGAACCAGCCCAGGCUCACUCUGUCCCCUUGCUUACUCCAGAAACCCCGGCCGGCGAUAAAAUUGCUCAAGAUUAUUUCUUGCCCAAGCCGGUUGAGGAGCCGGCCCAGGUAAAGCAGCAGCAGCAGCAGCCUCCUGCUACUCCGGGUCGCGAGCAUACGAGUGCAGUCCAAGAUGCUACUACAGAGUCUGGCUACAAGUCUCCGUCGUUGGAUCGCAAGCCAGAGCCGCGGCGCAAGUCCGAUGCUAGCAUUGACGGUGGAUCGCAUACAGAGGAUGGCGAAGAGUCUGGGGAGGAAAAGAUUUCGUCGGCCGUGUUCCUACCGCAUCAAGGCCCCGAGGAGGCUGAGGAGCACUCCGACGUGCCUGGCGCGGCUUCUUCCCGAACCGCGCUUCCGUCAAGAACACAUUCUCGAGCUGAAGAUUUCCAUCCGUGGCUUGUGAAAGCUGGUGAGCCUGAAGUCGAAUGUCCAGACGAGUGUCCUGACGUUGAAAAGACCCAUCGGCUUGCCAAGCCUGCCGACAGCGCUGCUACUACUGUUCCUUUUGUAGGUUCUCAGAUAGACACUGGCAAAGUCAAUGAACCUGCCGUUGCGGACGAGAGUGAAACUGGUGUCUUUCCACCCCAAACAAAGCCGUCCCAGUCCAUUGCGCAUCAUCAUCCUCAUCAUCCCUUUCAUCCCGAAGAGACCGUCCAUGACCACCAAGGGGAGACCAAAGAGCAGCCCCUAGAUGCAAUUGAACUGAUCCCUUACAAACACCAAGUCGGAGGGCACACCACCCUCUGGCGCUUUUCUCGGCGGGCCGUCUGUAAACAGUUGAACAACCGAGAGAAUGAAUUCUAUGAAAAGAUUGAACAACAUCACCGCGACUUGUUGGCUUUUUUGCCGAGAUAUAUUGGUGUUUUGAACGUCACCUUCCAGAAGAAGCCUCGACGAAAGUCGGUGCACAAGAAAGACGAGGCGGCCACUGCUGCGCUGGAAGCCCCUGCAGCGGGCCAAGACGAAGCUAGCUCCGGUGCUAAAGGGAACGAAGCAGCGCCAACAAACGGUGCCCAGCCGGCACAGCCUGAGCACCAGCGCAUCAUUAGCCAGUCGCUGCAGCAACCACUGGGUCAGAUCCCUACUGUCACCUUUGUUGAUAAUCAACACAUUCUCCCACGGAGCCUGAUCCAGCCAGCAUUGGCCUCGUCAAGCUCCUUCACUCGUUUUCGGAGUGCCUCGGCCUCUGUCCAAGGGGGUAGGGCUCCCAACGGACAAUAUGUCUCUGAGAACCCCAGCCACAUGUUGCGGCCAAGGCUGGAGGACCGGCAUGCUAACAGCUGGGGAGCCACCAUGGUAAAUAAGCGACUGCGCAACGAGGUGUUCAAUGACGCCUUCCUCAAGCAGCCCAUUGCUGUUCACCGUCACAAGAAGGGUCAUCAAAGGCCCUUCUCCCGGAGAAGUCUGCAGCCAGUUCUCCGCCAUACCGAGUCUGAUCCAAACUUGGAUGUCGCUCAAGAUGCCAAGCCGCGGGCCAGCAGUGCCGGUGAGGAGUCGCGCCUCAAGCCCAGCGACCUGGUACGAAGCGAGGAGAACUUGGCUGCCGGACCGCGCAGCUUUAGUGAAGAAAGAGUGGCAGACGACGGGCCCAAGGACGUGACGGGGACUAGUGCUCCUGAGCCAGAGAUUCUGAAGGAUGCGUCGCCCGCUCAGCCAAAGAAGAAGCGUCGGUACUCGGGGACAGGAUUGAGGAGGAAGCCGAAGGAUGUCCAGGAUGCGCGGGGUGAGCUGCAGUACUUUGAGGAGGCUGACUCGGCUGCCUACAAGGCUGAUGACGAGGAGCCCGUGUUUGAGGUCGAGCCUGUUGACGUCCCGGAUGUACCAGGAGAGGAGUCCAUUGGACCUUUGGACACUAGGCACAAUGGCACCAACGGCGUCAACGGCGUCAACACCGAGUCUGCCAUCGCCGAUGACCUGGCUCCUCCCAGUCCGCACACGGAAAUCGCCAAGAUACCUCGCCCCAUCAACCCCAAAGAAGCCCAGACGCAAACCGACUCCCGCGUCGAGUACUUCUUGCUGCUUGAAGACCUCACUGCCGGCAUGAAGCGUCCCUGCAUCAUGGACCUCAAGAUGGGCACCCGUCAAUACGGCGUCGAAGCCUCCCCCAAGAAGCAGAAGUCUCAACAAGGCAAAUGCGCAAAGACCACCUCCCGCGAGCUCGGCGUGCGCGUCUGCGGUCUCCAAGUCUGGGACGUCGCCACCCAGUCCUACGUCUUCAAAGACAAGUACUACGGCCGCGACCUCAAAGCCGGACAAGAGUUCCAGGACGCCUUGACCCGAUUCCUCUACAACGGCGUCGACCGCGCCUCCAUCCUGCGCCACAUCCCCACCGUCCUCCACAAGCUGUCGGAGCUGGAGGUUAUUAUCAGGAGAUUGAAAGGCUACCGCUUCUACGCUGCUUCGCUACUGAUGUUCUACGACGGCGAACCGCUCCCCCCUCCUGCGCCUCCCACGCCUACUGCCACCACACACUCCGAGUACGACACGGCAGUCGAAGAUUACUACUCUACCGACUUUGCGACUGACAACGACGACGCCGCAUCUAACCACCCCCAUCAACAUCACCCCCGCACCCACACCCUCAACGGCGGCGGCAAAAAGAAAAAAGACAAGCACGAAAUCGACUUCAAGAUGGCGGACUUUGCCAACUGCGUUACGGCUGAAGACUUGGCUGCCAAUGGAAUCGAGGGCAAGCCGUGUCCGCCUAGCUAUCUAGGCUGGGUUUGGUAGGAUGAACGGUACGUUGAACUUGAUGGGCAUCCGAAGGUUAUCGAGAGGUUAAAAUGGACUGCUGUAACGAUGUGUAUUCAGUGUAUACCUUAUAUAGACGGGGACGAAAACAAAAACAAUGAGAAAACUAU